UUGUAUGCGGUGUACCCGUCCGGACGUCUCGUAAAUCAACGAUUACUAGAGAAUAGAGAAUGCGACUGUACAAAGAUAGAGUUUAAAAUGGUCACAAAGAGAAGAUCAUCAUGGAAGGUAAAGUCUUUAAAGAACCCAGAGAUCCAGAGGUGGUUCCUGAAUCUGAAAGAGAUAAAAGAAAGGACUGUUCAGCAGUAAGACUCAAGGAAAUCAAAAUUGUCCUUCGAGACAUACAGACACCAAAGUCUGCUUGGCCAGGAGAGCAUCUACAGAGCUUAUGUGAGACCUGUAAGCCAAGGGAAAUACAUGAGCUAGCUGCUAAAUCUGAUGUCAAGUACAAGAGAGGCAACAGAAGAAAAAGUUGUGACGAACUGCUCAAUUGCUGGAAAGCACCAACCAGAAAUCACAGACUGCCAAAACGUCUCCAGGACUUUGUUGUAGACAGGACUGUUCUGCACUUGAUUGAAUUCAGCAAUUGGUAUAAUAUGGGGAGAGUCGCCAGACAUUGUAAUUUGACUGUAAAAUCUAAACCCUAUGGUGUGCCAAAGCCAGAAAAUAGUCCGCACAAAGGCUCUUCGAUUACAAGUAGGAUCUGUCAGAAAGAACAAAUAUCACAUGACAAUGAAAAGGUGAUGAGACCUGCAAGUAAGACGACAACAAAGCACAGAGGCAGACCUAAGAAGCAGUUGAAUGCAGCACGAACAGUCACAGAAGGACUUCAUAAGCGCAGAGGCAGGCCAAAGAAAUGUGAAGAUGAAGUGCACACACUUACAGUUCCAAGUUCUAAAUCAGCACUCAUAAGGCCAAUGGGUAAAUGCAAAUCUCUUAAAAAGAUGAAGUUACCAAAAUCUCCUGUAUCUGUAAAGUCUAAUCGUGGUAUGAUAUCCAGGAAAAGUCAGGAUUCACAAAUCUCUGAACAAGUUUCUAAGCGAAGAGGCAGACCCAAGAAGUGUCAGGAUGUAAAUCAUGGUGUGCCAAUAUCUCAGUCAACUCCUGCAAAUCAUCAGACAAGAAACAAAAGGAAGUGUUUAGGGGAUUCACAACAGACUAUGCCAGUUUCUCAAUCAUGUCUUAUAACUUCUAAGCCAAGAGGUAGACAUACAAAGUGUAAGGAUUUGCAAGAAAUUGUGACAGUUUCUCAUACAGGUUCUGGAAGUAGUAGGCUAAGAGGCAGGCCCAAAAGGUCUAAAGAUGCAUCCAAAUCUCUACUCAUUUCUGUCUCAUCUUGUGCACAACCAAAGCAUCAAGGCCAAUCAGAUAAAUUGAAGGGUGUAAACAAAAUGCCUUCAGGUUCAACUGCUGCUGGGCCUAAACAACUUAGCAGACCCAGAAACAAAAGGAAAUUACAAAAGACAGUGACUUCGUCUUCAAAAAGUGAUAGUCCAGUUCUUAAGUGUCGGGGUCGGCAAAGUAAGUGUUCUGUCUUGCUCAAGGAUGGGAAGAUUAAUUCAGAGCACAAGAUACCUGAUAAUGCAGAGCAAUUUAGGAAGUGCUGUAUUAGGUCUAGGAAACAAAAGUUUGGUGUCUUCUCAUCAAAGCAGAAUCUGCUUGCAUCUUCUGGGUCUACUCGAGGACUUGUCAAUCCAGACUUCAGUAUAGAUGAAAAUAACCCAUGCACACUGAACAUCAAUGAAUACCUCACCCAACUUGGCAGUUACCUCGAACCAACAGAUCACUGUGAAACAACGGCAGAGGGGAAUGUGAGUGAAUCCAGAGAAGGAUUACAUAUAUGUGAUGAAAACAACAAUAUAAUCAUCAUGGAUUCAGAUGCAUUACAGGAAACAUCCCCAUCACAAUGUAAUAGAGGUAUCAGUGAUGAAGGAACAAUAUCCACAAGGAGAAAGGAAGGUAGAGAUGAAUCACAGUUUGGAAGUGGUAGCAGAAGCCUGGUCAUUGAUACAAACAAUAACCUGACCAUUGAAAGAAACAUAAAUAUGACCUUUGAGACAAACCAGAACCUAAUCACUGAAGCAAACAAUAACUUUGUCACUGAAACAAAUAAUAACAUGGUCACUGAUGCAAACAACAACCUGGUCAUUGAAGCAAACAAUAAUGUGUCUAUUGAAACAAUCAAGAACCUGGUCACUGAAGCAAACAAUAACUUGGUCACUGAUGCAAACAACAACCUUGUCAUUGAAACAAACACCAACCAAACAAAUGAUACAGGGAAACUACGAAGUGAUAGUGGUAUCAGUGACAUCAGUUUUGAUGCCAAACAAGUCUCAAAGCCCAAGAGAUCCAGAAGAACACAGGAAGAUAAAGUACAACCGCGAUCCUCAAGUUUGAACCUUAGGCGUAGUGAAAGACUUCGUCUGAAGGAGAGCUACCAAAGGUAUAAACAACUGUGGACUGAUACUGGCAUUUGUAAAAAGUCUGAGAAUUAUUCACAGAGAGAGUCGAGCAUCAACCAAGAAAAACUGGAGAGUACUUUGGAUGAUGAUCUCCUACAUGAGUUUGUUGCCAUGUGCCCCCUGGAAAGCGAUAUCCCACUCUCAGACAAUGACUGCUUCUCCUUGCUUGCGGAAUCUCCUAUCUUCACUGGCAUUGAGUUAGGAUCACUUUCAGGGUUUGACAUGCCCAUUGAGGAGGAAACUGGGAGCAAGACAGUGGAUGUCAUACAUCCUAGGACCCCUCCAAGAGUGAAACGUAAUAUCUGUGAAUUUCUCCUCAAUGAACGCUCCAUUUGUUCGCUAGCUGACCAACUGAUCCACUCUCCUCACCGUGGUCCUGGAGGUGGUGGUGAGGUUGCUCUUCAAGGUUGUAGGGACCCUACAAGAGCGUGGAAGAUGGGUCCAGGAUUUGGACCCCUGGUAGAGUGGCAGGUGCUGAUUCUCAGGAAGAUUGGCUUGGAAAUGACGGGAGAGCUCGAAGAUGUAGGAAGGAGUCAUGAGAUGAACGAUCGGUCACAGAGCAAGAGAAGUAAUAAGAUGUUCAAUAGGUCACUGAGGAGGAGCGUUGAGAUAGUCAACAGACCACUGAGCUGGAGUGAUGGUAUAGAAGAUAGGUCACAGAGCACACCAGUUCCAGGAAAUGUAAUGACUCAAGAAUCAGACAGAAGGGGUCCGCAAAAUAUGCCACGAGAUCGGAAGUUCCACUCUAGGAAGGAUCAAAGAAUUGGUGUUCAGGAGAUCUUGAAGCUAGCUCAUCAUGGCUCACCUUUGUUAGUCUUCAUCCACCCAGGAGGUCAGAAAAGCUACCAUGCAGUUGCUGAGGUGUGGCUUCCUUCUUUUCUAGUUGAGUCCAAUACCAACAGCGUUUUCUUCAUGCCAAUGGGAGAAUGGGAUGCCAUAGAGAAAUGGUGGUGCAUCCAAAAGGUCCUGUGGAAGAGCCGUGUGGAUGGUAGUUGGCAUGUCAUCAGUGUAGCUGAAGAAGAAUUCAUGGAUGGGACAUGCUUUGUUCCUGAGGAAUCUUGGUUAGGGAGUCAGGGAGUCGGAGAUCAAACAUCCAACAGGAUCUACCAUGUACGGCAACCACCAAGAGGUCCUGGUAUGUUUGGGUGUCCAUGUCCAGGAAAUCCUUCAAGAACACUGUACCUCAGCUCAGAUCAGGAAGCAUUGGAAAAGAACCUGAGGAAGCAGAAGCAGCAGCAUUCUGUAUCCAUUCCUCCAGUUUGUGAACAUGAUUUCCUUCAACCGUGCACCGCAUGCCAUCUAUCUGUCCUGUGUCCUCAGGUCAUGGCAACAUCCGCUGGAUUCAACCAUGUCCCAAAUACGAUCCUUGGAAACACUAUGCCUGACCUGAGACCAAGGCUGGUUCCAGUCUUUGAUCAGCCACAGGAACAUAAAUCUUGUGAAUCCUUAACUGCCUGUUCAGUACCAGGAUAUCAUCAUCUCCCUGAUCCAGUGCUGCAGGGAGUCUUCCAACAUCAAGGCAGCAACAUCUAUGGCACAACAGCUCACCAGGUCACAAACGGGCACUUCAUUGGUCUCAAUGGUUACAUGGCAGCGUCACAUGAUCAUAAUUAUGAUACGAGAUCAGAUAUCCUGCCAUUGGGAAGACCAUAUCUUGCAGAGAGCAUGGUUUGUGAUGGCUGCAGUGAUGACCUUGGUCUUGAGAAGACAGUUUUGGCAGGAAAGACCAAGGAAACAACUAAUCUACUAAGUGACCAGUCAACUCACAUCAGCCACAACAACGAUGACAAUGGCCACCAUGAACUUGUAGGACAUGGAGCAUUACUGCUGGGUAACCAAUCCUCAUACCCAGUUAAAGACAACAACAGCAACACCCUCCAAACUGAACUUCCAGAUAAAUCUUUGUUGAAUGACCAAGAGUCAAGAAAAGAUAUCAACAAUGACUGUGGUCCUGUUCCUUUGCAAGACAUAAACAAAAGUAAUGAUCUGAUUAGAGAGAAAGUCAUCAAGACCCCAUCCUCUUUAAGCAAAGCAUUAGAUCAGAUCAAGGCAUGUGAAGAUGUGUCUUUGGUUGGAAAGCUGCUUUCAGAGUGGUGUCGAUCAGGUUUGUCCUUUAGGAGAGACAGAAAGAUCUUGGAAACAGUUGCAAGGAGGUUGGAGAUGGGAGCAUGUUACCAGUCUUCUCAGAGCUUCUGUACAUUUGUUGCAGGGUUCCAUGCUGCUUCAUUAAAAAGCUACUAUUCUGUGGAUUACGAUGAUGAGUGCAUUCUGGUUCAGCUUGGCUUAUCUGUCGUCUCUCGAUGUUUGAACCAAGAACAAAAUGGAAACCAAUCGAAGGACCAGGUAGUACCAGUGCAAGAUGACCCACAUCAGUCUCAGAACCAACCUGUACAUCUUCUGGACCAACCACACAAGGUGAAUACACACCAAUCCCCGGAGGUCCAGGACCGGUCGCUGCCAGCAAAGACCCUUUCUAUAUUUAAUCAAGAUCAGUGCUCUCUUGCACAGCUCCUGGAUCAGCCCUCGUACAACACCCCAUCAAGUGAAGAUGAAAACCUCAUUCAGAUCCAGGAAGAGCUGGGGACAAUUCAGACCCAAGACCAAACAAUGCAGGUCCAGGGCAAGCAGGGAGCACAUGUAGUGGAGACCCUGGACCAAACUACACAGAUUUCUAAUUCUUUAUGGCUCCCUGAGACUCAAGAAGAAACCAUGCAGGUUCCAACUGAGGCCCGAAAGCUGACCAUGCAGAUCCAGGACCAUUCAGGGACUGCUGAGACCCAAGACAAGACCAUAAUGGUACAGGAACAAGCCAUGCAGGUCCAGGAUCAUGUGGGCACAACUGAGAUCCAAGACGAAUCUAUGCAGAUUCAGGAUCAGCCAAUAGUUGUCAACCCUAGAGAGGAUGCCUACUGUGUUCUUCAGAUGUUGCACCAUCUCAAACUCCCUUUAACUGAAGUUCUAGCAUCUUUGUCAGAUGUAGCAUCUCAAGAUGCAUCACCAGGUUUCUUGCAUGGAUUUGACUGUUCUUCUACUGUACGGGAUGUGCUUGGUGUGUUGGCAGACUUUGAUCCCUCAAUGGCUUUCACUGUUGUUCAGGGUCUUGGAUGGGGCCAUACUGUCAGAGAAAUCUCCAAAGAGGAUCGUUCCUUUGGGUCACAACUUCUUGCAUUGGCUGAGGCACUACUUGACUGCAAAAAGUUCUGGCAGUGUCGAGUGCUUCUCUCUAAUCUCAUCGCGUAUGACGGUUGUAGAGAUGCAUGUAAACAGCUUUACAGCAAUCUCCUAGGCAAGAUCUUAGAUACAGAAAGAGAUGAUGAGUUAGCCAUGAUGGUCUUUGAAGAAAUGAUGGAGUCUUAUCUAGUCAUUCCUCCACCGAUCAUCAGGAAGCUCUUGACAAUUAUGUGGCAGAGGAAAGGUGAUGAUAGGUUAGAGGAUGCCCUAUGUGUGUUUCACUAUGGGAUGGGUCUUGGGAUCUACCCCAUGUACAGGAAUAUCAAGACUGAUCUAUGGGAAUCAACAGUAAUGGUCGGAGCUACCCAUGCAGAGAUUUACUUCUGCUUGAAGACACUCCUGGAUGAGGUCCAUCACCAGCAGAGUCACCAGGAUGGACAGGUGAAGGAUGCUGGCCAGAGAGAUGGAGCAGGAAUUGGUGCUAAUAGUGUCGUAGAUGUUGGUAGGGAUUUGAUAUUGAGGAAGUCUGCAAGGUUUGCUGGAAAGGGACGGUGUGGAGCAAGGAAGCAGUCUGUGCCUCAAAUGAAAGGCACUCCCAGAUUACUCAAGAAGAAAGGAAGGACAGUGCCAUCAGCAUGCUAUGUUUUACCAAAGGAUCAACCCAGAGGCAUGAGAAAGUCUAGGCCGAAUACUAAAGUCAACAUCAAGUUGAUGGACUUGCAGCGUGGCCAACAACAUGGCAUCUUAUCUUCAGAAGAGUUUUCCAAGUUGGUGAACACUAAGUAUGCCAUCCAAGAAGUUCUUGAAAAUCACUUCCACGCAUUAACAAUCAAACCAGAUGCUUUGCCAUGGAACAGCAAUAGGAGAAAGAAAUCCUACACACUUACCAUCAACGAAGAUGCCUUACACAGCUGGUUGAGUUCUAAAGGGAGGAGCGACACUCCUUGAAUGAUCAUUGAUUGAUUCACAGAUUUCAAUGUUAAUAGGACGAUCUUUAGUCUCUGGAGAUGGGUGACUUUGAAAGACGUUAUUGAAGAAUGCUGUAUGUCAUGAAAAAAAUUAUGUGUGACCUGUCACCCCAAAAUUAACAAUAAGUCUCCCGAAAUAAUUUUUGAGAUAUUUUUCAGCUUGAAAAAGCACAUCCUAUUAAAGCUUUGAAAAUGAGAUGUAAAUUGUCAAAAUUAGAAAAAAAGUAACCCACAGAAGGAAUGUAAAAAAAAAAUCAGUGAGAGCUUCAAUUUGUUUGAAGAAUAAGAAGAAUUUGGGUUUAAAGUUCACUCAAGCAUGAGAAGUGCCACUUUGUUAUCUUGAAGUUU